AUGGACGACGACUUUGAUUUUGACCGCGCAGCCUCCGCCUUUCCUGAUAUUGACCUGGACGGGCAGGGUGACGUACCCUUGCCACCAGCCCCCGCUGCCAGCAGUGGCUUCUCAUUUGAUGAUUUCGGGAGUCCACUGGCACAGACCGAAGUGAAGGUCACAGGCGAUGAUGAGAUUGAGAAGUUCGAGGAUCAGUUUCCAGAGCUGAACAUCGGGCAGUCUGUUUCUUCUCCCGCACACACCCUGCCCACUUUUGGUGCUCCUCCUCCAUUUGCUCCUCGCCCACAGCCAUCAGCAUUUUCAUCUACACCCAUCCUCAACCAGCAACUUGAUGAGGAUGAGCCUGAAGUUAUCAGGAAAUGGCGCGAGAACCAUAAGGCCAAACGCCAACAAACUAUUGGGAAGGCGGAACAUGCUAUUGACCAAUUCUAUGAGGAAUACGCAGCAAAGAAGGAGCGAACUAUCCGCGAAAAUAAGGACGAGGAAGCAGAUUUCCUAGAGUCACUAUCUUCAUCUCUCACCAAAGGGACGACUUGGGAGCGUAUUUGCGAGAUCGUGGAGCUGCAAAAUUCCCAGAGCAAAACAAUUGCAAGAGCUGGUCCUGGCACCACUGACCUUUCGCGGUUCAAAGAAGUGCUGUUGCGCCUGAAGCGCGAGGGAACUGCUGCUCCCGGCGCAGCUGGUUAUUAG